AAGUAUGGGGCCGAGACCCUUCAACCCGCAAAAUAUCUGAAUUAUCGAUUGAGGCCUAUCAACCCAUAGAAAUUUAUGAAUCAUCGGAUGAGGACGACUUAUCAGAUGGGCUAGGAUUAUUUGAUUGA